AUCGAAAUGUUCGUCGCCAAGAUUCUGCUCCUCUGCACUGCCUGUGUCCUGGUCAGUGCCGCGCCCCAAAGAUUUCGAGAUUUUGGACCUUUUGGAGCUCCCAGGGCGUUUGAGGAGGAUGAUCUGGCCAAGGCCCAGGAAGUCCUGCAGGCAUCCCUGACGAAACUGGAUGCUGGCGAAGGACCCCACUAUCGCAUCUCCCAGAUCCUGUCGGCAAGGGCUCCAUUGGCUUCCGGGACCCUAAACACUUACUCCGUGGAACUGAUUGACAGCUUUGGAGCUACUAAGGUGUGCGAUGUGCUCAUUUGGUCCCGACCCUGGAUGCCCAACGGUAUCCGGGUGACAUUCGAAUGCCCCAAUGAACCAAAAGUGGUUAGGAAUCACAGUGCAUAAACAAAUAUUUUUGUAUUUCGUUUAAAAAUCAUUUGCACCUCGAUUGCUUGUGUGCUUUGUAUAAUUUUUAAUAAAACC